CAAGUUCAUGUCUCACACUACUUUGCAGCAUUCAUGGAUGUUCAAUUACAACAAGUGAAGGCAUUGGAAAUAGCAAAAAUGGAUUCCACCCAAUUCAGGAAAGAAUUGCAGGAUUUCAUGCCACACAAUGCGGCUUUUGUACUCCGGGAAUGUGCGUUUCACUCUUUGGAACUCUUGUCAAUGCUGAAAAGACCAAUCGUCCGGAUCCGCCUUCCGGAUUCUCCAAACUGACAGCAGCAGAGGCGGAAGAGGCUAUUGCAGGUAACCUCUGCCGCUGUACCGGUUACCGACCAAUUGCAGAUGCCUGCAAAAGCUUUGCAGCCAAUGUUGAUAUAGAAGAUUUGGGCUUCAACUCUUUCUGGAGAAAAGGAGAGAACAAGGACUUAAUGCUUAGUAGUUUACCUCAAUAUGGCAAGAACCAUAACAAUGUUAAAUUUCCUCUGUUUUUGAAGGAAAUCAAGAAUGAUGUGAUCUUGUCUUCAGAUGAAGGUAGCUGCUGGCACAGUCCUACUAGUCUGAAGGAGCUUCAGAGCUUGUUGAAAUUAAACCGAGCCAACGGCACUCGGAUCAAGCUUGUUGUUAGCAAUACCGGUAUGGGAUACUACAAGGAAAGUGAUGGCUAUGACAAGUAUAUUGAUCUAAAAGGCAUCUCUGAGCUCUCAAAGAUAGGAAAGGAUCAAACUGGAAUUGAAAUUGGAGCAGCGGUGCCAAUAUCUAAAGCUAUUGAAGUGCUAAAAGAAGAGAGCAGAAGUGAUUUUCUUACAGAGGAUUCUGCAAUGAUUCUUGGAAAGCUCGCUGACCAUAUGAGUAAAGUCGCCUCCAGAUUUAUUCGGAACACAGCCAGUGUAGGAGGCAAUUUAGUGAUGGCUCAAAAGAAUAAUUUUCCUUCAGACAUGGCCACAAUUCUUCUUGCUGUGGAUUCAAUGGUUCAAAUAAUGACUGGUGCAAAAUUUGAGUGGCUUGCAUUGGAGGAGUUUUUUGAAAGACCAUCACUAAGUUUGGAGAGUGUACUUUUAAGCAUCAAAAUUCCAAGUUUUGAACUUAUUGGAGGUAAAUCCGAUAAUCAAGGAUGUAAAUUCCUCUUUGAAACUUACCGAGCUUCGCCUCGACCCCUUGGAAAUGCCCUUCCAUACUUAAAUGCUGCAUUCCUGGCUAAGGUGUUCAUGUCUAAAGACACUGGCGAAACAACAAUUGAUGCUUGCAGGCUAUCUUUUGGGGCUUAUGGGACUAAGCAUGCAAUCAGAGCAAAAAAAGUUGAGGACUUUUUAGUAGGAAAAGUGCUAAGUGUUCAUAUUCUACAUGAAGCUGUCAACUUGCUGGCAUCCAUUAUUGUACCUGAUGGUGGUACCUUAGAUGCAGCUUAUCGUUCAAGUUUGGCAGCUGGUUUUCUUUUAAAGUUCUUCAACUUCUUGAUAGAUGGUCCUUCCAAAUUGAUAAAUGGCUGUACUAGUUUGCCUGUCAAUGGAUCAAUCCAAUUAAAUGGGAAUCAAAACCAGGCUCAACAUGAUAAAACUCCAAUGUUACUUUCAUCUGGAAAACAAGUAAUUGAAGACAGCAAUAAGUAUCAUCCAGUUGGAGAGCCGAUCACGAAAUCUGGAGCCGCAAUACAAGCUUCAGGUGAGGCUGUCUUUGUAGAUGACAUACCAUCACCACCAAAUUGCCUUCAUGGAGCAUAUAUCUAUAGCACAAAGCCUUUAGCACGGAUAACAAGUAUAGAACUCAGACCUGAAUUACAGAGACAUAAGGGAGUGGUGGACAUCAUUUCAAGUAAAGACAUCCCGGAUGGUGGUCAAAACCUUGGAGCAAGAGCCUUAUUUUCUUCUGAACCUUUAUUUGCAGAAGAGAUAGCUAGAUACAUUGGCGAUCGUCUUGCCUUUGUGGUUGCAGAUACUCAGAAACUCGCUGAUACGGCUGCAAACUCUGCUAUUGUUGAUUAUGAUGUUGAUAAUCUUGAGCCACCAAUAUUAACUGUGGAAGAUGCUGUUAAAAGAUCUAGCCUUCAUGAAGUUCCUCCAUUUCUCCGCCCAAAACAUGUUGGAGACAUAUCAAAAGGAAUGGCUGAAGCAGAUCACAAGAUUCUUUCUGCCAAGAUGAAUCUUCCAUCUCAAUACUAUUUCUAUAUGGAGACACAUACUGCACUUGCUAUACCAGAUGAAGACAACUGCAUUGCAGUUUACAGUUCAAUUCAGUGCCCUCAGUAUGCACAUGCUACCAUAGCCGCAUGCUUGGGUGUUCCUGAGAAUAAUGUUCGUGUUAUUACUAGAAGGGUUGGGGGAGGUUUUGGUGGGAAGUCCAUGAAAUCCAUUUGUGCUGCUACUUCAUGUGCACUUGCAGCACACAAAUUGCGUCGCCCCGUCAGGAUCUAUCUAAAUCGUAAGACAGAUAUGAUCAUGGCAGGUGGCAGGCAUCCCAUGAAGAUUACUUACAGUGUUGGGUUUAAGAAUAAUGGGAAGAUUACAGCAUUAGAUAUUGAGGUUUUGAUGAACGCAGGGUUGUACUUGGAUGUAAGUGCAAUAAUGCCGGCCAGACUCGUUUCUGGGCUUAAAAAGUAUGAUUGGGGUGCUCUAUCUUUCGAUAUAAAGUUAUGCAAAACAAAUCAUCCUAAUAGAUGUGCAAUGAGAGCCCCUGGGGAGUUGCAGGGAUCAUUCAUUGCAGAAGCUAUAUUAGAAAAUGUUGCAGCUACACUUUCAAUUGAUGUAGAUUCUGUGAGAAGCAUAAAUCUUCACACACACACGAGUCUCGAGUUAUUCUAUCCAGAGUCUUUCGGAGAACCUUACGAGUAUACAUUGCCUUCCUUAUGGAACAAGUUAUCUGUUUCUGUAAACUAUGACCAGCGAGUCGAGAUGGUAAAAGAGUUCAACAGAGUCAACACUUGGAAGAAGAGGGGAUUAUCUCGUCUACCAGUUGUGUUUGAAAUGGGGCUAAGACCAACUCCUGGAAAAGUAAGUAUUUUCUCGGAUGGAUCGGUUGUUGUUGAAGUAGGAGGAAUUGAAUUGGGUCAAGGUCUUUGGACAAAGGUGAAACAGAUGGCUGCAUUUGGACUUGGUGAGAUUCAAUGUGAAGGAACCGAAGGCCUAUUGGACAAGAUUCGAGUGGUACAAUCAGAUACUGUGAGCUUGAUUCAAGGGGGGCUGACUGCUGGUAGCACUACAUCGGAAUCAAGCUGCGAAGCAGUUAGACUUAGCUGCAAUAUCUUGGUUGAGAGGUUAAAGCCUCUAAAGGAAAAGUUGCAGAAAGAAAUGGGAUCAAUCAAGUGGGAGACACUUCUUCGUCAAGCAUACAUUCAAUCUGUGAACUUAUCAGCAUCUUCAUUUUUUGUACCAACAACUUAUUCCAAGAAUUACCUAAAUUAUGGUGCUGCAGUGAGUGAGGUGGAAAUAGAUCUUCUGACUGGAGAAACUAGAUUUUUGCAAACAGAUAUUAUCUAUGAUUGUGGACAGAGUCUCAACCCUGCUGUGGAUUUAGGACAGAUUGAAGGAGCUUUUGUUCAAGGUUUAGGGUUCUUCAUGCUUGAGGAAUAUGAAACAAAUGUUGAUGGUAUGGUAUUAGCAGAUGGCACAUGGAACUACAAAAUCCCUACAAUAGACACCAUACCUAAACAAUUCAAUGUUCAAAUCCUUAACACUGGCCACCACAAGCGACGCGUGCUCUCUUCAAAGGCCUCUGGUGAGCCACCAUUACUUCUAGCAGCUUCAGUUCACUGUGCCACAAGAGCAGCAGUUAAAGAAGCAAGGAAACAGGUUCUUUCAUGGAACAACGAAGAUGGAACGGAUUCAAGAUUUGAAUUGAAGGUUCCUGCAACCAUGCCUGUGGUUAAAGAACUCAUUGGACUUGACAUUGUGGAAACAUACUUGAAAUGGAAAAUGGAAAAGAACUCUGAGGAUCUCAUAUUAGAAAUGUGUACAGCAAUAAAAAAUUUAUUUAUACAUAAAAAUUAACUAAUAAAUUAAUUAUUAUGUAUUGAAUUUUUUUAUUUCAAUUUAUAUUUUAUUAUAAUAAUUAAUUUCAUAACUAAUUGUUAGUGUACACAUAGUAUAAUUAAAGACUCAAUAAAAUUAUUAUGCUUUUGGUA